UGAAAUUCUCUUCCAAAGCCUAAGGAGGCCUAAGGAGGCCUGGGCGCUGUUCAGUUCUCUUUGUUUAUUCUCUCUAAAGGACCUUUCAACCUUUGGCUUUCGUUCUUCUGUGUUCUUUUCUAGGGGCUGCACCUUGCGCUGCAGCCAACAUCUUGGUCAUUGUCUACUUUAACUGGUUUCUGAAGGCUUAGAGGAUCUGCGGGUUGAGAUAGCAGACGUGGCGAACAUGGAGAAUGCAGCGGGAGGACCGCCAGGCACAGCAGAUGGGAACGCCUUCAUCAACGAGCCAGCCGCAAAGAAGCAGCGGCGGGCCUCAAAGGGCAUGCCUGCGAUGGACUUGAACGCGCCCGGGCUGUUCAACAUAGUUCCUCAAGCAGAAACCAACAGGAAAGAGAAGCAGAGCAGUUCAAAAGGUGCGCAAAGGAAGCCUCCCACCCCAGGUCAUGUGCUCCCUCCUCAACAGCCCCCAUGGGCCUUCAAGCCGACGUUCAAAGUCCCGCCCAAUGUCAUGGUGUAUCCAGCACACAUGGUACCCCCCCCUCCCCUGGCACCCCCGCUCCACCCCUUCUCAAAUCCCUUUGCUUUUCCCCCGCAACCGAAGAUCCCCAUGGCCCAGCCAAUGUUUUCGUACACUGGGGGUCAUGAGCUCAUCCCAGCUCCCACAUUCACGCCGCUGAUAGAUGUAAAGAUCAGGAAACUGCAGCACCUUGCGACCAUGAGGGAGCUGGACAGCGAGGAGUCGUCCGUGUUGAAGGCGCUGCUGCAGUUGCAAAAGCAGAAGAUGAUGAAGGCGCUAGAAUUCAUGAAAUUGGUGCUGCCGGAGGCGCAGGCGAAGGAGGACAAGCCAAAACGGGUGCUGCACCGGCUAGAAAGGGCAGGAGUGAAGGACGGCCAUGUCUCGGUCAUCGCCCUGGUCAAGCGGAGGGAGACUUACUACGUCUGCUCCGCACUGGACGGCAUUCCGGCAGAGGGCAUCAAUGCUGUGAUGCGGCUUUUGCCUGGGGAGGGGGUUAGCAAGCCCAGGGAAAAAGCUACCCCCCCCGAGGAGCGGGUUGAGGCCGUCCUGCCGAAACCUGAGGACUUUGAAAAGCUGGUGCGAUUCAUGGGGACACCGAACGCCACGUCGGAGGCCCGGCGAAAGUGCCUGCUCUCGUUUCUGUGCCACUGCUACGGCGGGAAGACGCUCCAUGCCGCGGGCUACAUCCACGCGUGCAACCAGGUGAUCAGCGCCGAGAAGGGGACCACGCUCGCGCGCAAGUUCCAAAAGGCGAACGCGAUUCACGAGCUGUUCUCAAGGAAACCCGGGCAGGGGAUGAAGCGGAAACCGGAGGGCGAGGCUUCUCAAGGGGCUUCCGGAGGACUGGGGGCCGGGGUUCCUGGUUUACAAUUGGCAGUUUCGCAGCCAAUGAGUGCCCCGCUGGGAGUUCCAUACCCUAUGGCCGGCCCGCAGAGGCUCGCGCCGCCUAUCAGCGGGCCGCCGAACCGAACGCAGAAGAAGGCCCCAGGUAAGCGGGCAAAAGCGGGGGCGGCACAAAACAAGGACGCGAGUGCUGCCGUGGGGGACGUGGUUGUGGAGGGCGCGUUGAUGCGGGCGGCUGCAUUGGACGACCAGCCAGGUGGAAGCAUAGUCAACGGCUAGCAAUGUACAAAUCAAGACAAGUAAAGAACUGAGUCGGAAACAUGCAAUUAAUGCGUCUACCAGGACUAGCAUCGUCCGACAUGUCGGUUUUUGGGUCUAAUACUAGCUGCCGAAGUUGUUCCUGGCAGCCCCGGGAAUAUUGCUGCUUAUGGCAACAUGUCAGCGCAAAUCUAUGAGAAAGGCAGCGGCUGCAAAUGGACUGCACUUCUUUAUGAUGCCGUGACCAUGGCAAGCUGAGGAGGUCCUUCUUCGGAUUAUGAGGAUUUCAAUUACUCAAAUCUAGUCGAC